GGUGGGAGGAGCCAUAGUGGCGAGGUGGAGAUUAGGGACUCUCUCCCCCGCACGCAUGCAUUCUGUUGUGUGGUAUCUGCCUCGAUCCACUCCAAUUCCCUUGCGAUCGUCGCAUUAACUCAAGGUGGAAACAGUUAAUAUCAUUGCUUGCCCCUCGCAGGAUGUUACAAUCCAUUGUCCCACUCAAUCUCUCGAGGUGCUCACAAGCCAUCUUAGGGUUACCACCAUGCCAGUCUUCGCACUCUCGACUGCACCAGGGCUAAACCAGAAACUAGGGUUAUAAUCAGUUUUUGAAAGGAAAGAAGAGGAGAGAAGAGUAGAGAAGGGGAGGGAACAGCGAUUACAGCAGGGGUUGACGAGUUCGAUCUACUGCAACUAAGGAGAAAGUUGUUUUGCAUCGGGAUUGAUAUGGUGUGAGUGUGGUGGCUGAGCAUACUUGAGUUGAUUUGUGUGUUAUUGGGAUGAGGCUGGAGUAGGGACGGGUGUGUAGCGGAGGGUGGAGGUGAGGACGGGGUUGUUUGAUGUCUCAGCCACGAGUGACAGUCACCUUAGGGCGUGGUGGGAAGCGGGUGGAGAGGCGUGUGUCAGUUCGUACAGAGAUGUACGCUGAUUGCGUGAAUGGGGUAGGGAAUAGGAAGCGAUCAAUCAGGGAUCGAUUGGGAGGCUUAAGCGAGCCGGUAUUUACUGUACCACAGUCAGCUGCCAAAAGGCUAAGAGACGUCGAAGGACAAUGGAAGCAUGAUAUGUACUUUGAUGGCCGUGACGGCGGUCCUCGAGUCCAACGGGAACAAGAUUUGCGCUCAAAAUUAGGUCAAAGACAAGGUUUCAGAACUGGUAAUCAAGCAAGAGCUGGAAACAAUGUGGACUUGCGGGACAAGUUGUCAGGUCUCGGUAGUCAGAAUCGUCAAACCGUACCAGCAAAUGAAGUCCCUAGAGCACAGCGGCGAGUAGCGUCUGUGGUUUUCAACAGUUCAACUGUUACACGAGGUGUGGCCUCAACCACUGCCCCUGCUCCUGUCUCAGCCAGGGCAACUGCAACGGUCAAGAAACCCUCGGAUGUACCAAUGGUACACAAUCUAGUUCUUCUUAUUUUGAAAUCUCAGUCACGAAAAUUCCAUGCAUUCAGAUCUCAAGCUGAAGAGCAGACCGUGCGUACUCUUCUGCAUUCAUUGGGACUGGAGAAAUACGUGAUAACCUUCCAAACUGAGGAGAUUGAUAUGGCUGCUCUGCGAUUCAUGAGUGACAACGAUCUAAAAGAACUGGGUGUUCCUAUGGGUCCGAGGAAGAAGAUCUUACUGGCAAUCAGGGGUAAGGAGUGAAAGGCUUUUCCUGAGGCGCAAAGAGAUGCAGACGGGUCAAUGUAGUCUUUGAAGCUCGACGAAUUGUUCGGACCCCGUUCAUACGAGCGGUGAACGAUGAAUUACAUGAGCUGGACCUCCUUGUCGUGACAUAGACAGCAAAUGUAUGCAUAGACCAGUGACUGGUUAGUGUGUACAGAUGUAGUUAACAGAGUGGAAAUGUUUUUGCAAUAGAUACUUUGAUGUUGAUAGUCAUGUAGAGGUCUAGUUUAGACUUUGUAUCUCUGGCUACUUUAAUUAAGCUUGUACUUGGAUACAAUGUAGGCGAAAUUUCUUUUGCUUUUUCUGAACAGAAAUGUUAGUUGCAGUGGGAUGUUUCAUCGUGUGCAAGAAUUCUGUUUUCAGAGCAGAUUAUGGCAAGAAGUUUUUUCCAAUGUUGCAGAGGUA